GCACAUUAUCUCCACUGUCUGUGCUUUAGUGAGAGACCAAACGAAACGAAACGCAGUUCUUUUCGCUUAAUUAAGUGGCUGAAGUUUUUAUAUUUGAUUUUCGCAUAAUUCGGGAUAAUCCAAAAUGAAGUUAUUCAAAAAAGGUGCAACUUACUUGGCGAUUGUUUUAGUUUUGAUCGCCUGCUUUGCCGAUGAGGCUGAAGGACGGAGAAGAGUUUUGCGUGGUCGCAGAACAAUAACACGUCAAUAUUUCCGACCUCUAGCGAUUCCUGGAUGGGCCAUCGUCAUCCUCGUAGCCAUCGCUGAGCUACUGAUUGGUGUAAUUGUCUACUUUGGAAUGCGGAAAUAUGUCCUUUCGGCGACAACAGAAACUACUAACACUUACCAGCCGGCACAUACAGAGGAAGUUUAAUUUAAUCGUUAAUUAAACCUACUUCAACCAAGUGUGCAUGUUCUCUUUAGAUUAAGCGAAACGAAACAAUGACGAAAGUGUACAAUAAUUAAAAGCAGUUUGUGCUGUA